CGACAAUUCACUUCCGGGUUGCAGACGACAGAGUUUGGUUGAUCUUGUUGCGCUGUUUUGACCAGUUUUACAGCUUCGUAAGGAAUGGCAGACAGAUCAAUGGGAUCUUCAAGAAGGAAAGAAAAAAGUGAAAACUCAAAGCUGAAGCACACAAAAGAGAUGCCGAAGGACAUCAGCCUUCUUAGACCUGACCUUGGCCCGAGUGACCUCUCACUACAAGUGGAGGACCAAGUCUUCCCCGUACACAAGUCUAUACUGGAGGAGAAAUGUGACUACUUCCAGGCCAUGUUUGCCUCCGGAAUGCGUGAAACAACACAGGACACCAUCACACUCCAGGGAAUCUCAGCUCCCACAUUCCGGACUCUUCUAACCUUCCUGUACACCGCAGAUAUGGACAUUUCCGGCGAUGUCAUCCAAGACGUCAUAUCCGCCGCAAGCUUUCUCCAGAUAUCUCUUAUCACCGAUUUCAUCAAGGGUAGUCUGACAGUGGAUUCCUGUAUCGAUGUGUUGGCUGCUUCGAGCACGUACGGCCCAGCAAGUCUGUACGAUGCCACAGUACAAUUCAUGACGGACAACUACUUAGAACUAAUGCACGCUGGAGUGUGCGAUAGACUUACGCGUAAACAAAUCGAAUAUAUCAGAGAGAGUCGUAACAGAGGACUCAGCAGAAUAGCUAUCCUUGUCAGGGAUGAAAUUCUACGGACAGUCGAGUACCUUGAUGGGAGUACGGGAAAAAUGGGAGUGUUGUGCGAGCUGCCAAGCGAAGCGAGGGUACACAACGCUGGUAUAACCGUAAUGGACAACUAUUUAUUUGUAGUGGGAGGGAACAACCCCUGGUUCGGUGCCCAGUGUCGAGCCUUCUGCUACAACGUCUUGACCAAUGAGUGGAGGCAGAUGGACUCGCUGAUCCAGCGACGUCAUUCGUUCAGUCUCCAGACGGUGGAUGGUAGACUGUAUGCCAUUGGAGGGCUGGAUCCGGCUUGUCUAAGGACAGUGGAGAUGUACGAUCCUAGAACGGACUGUUGGUCAGUCGUAUCUCCACUCCCUCUGGCCAUUACAUACUUUGCAGGCACUGUGUGUCUGGAUGAAAUCUACAUUGCUGGCGGCCAGAGCAAGACAGGGCGCAAUCCCAAGAUGCUCUGCUACAGCCCCACCUCGGACGACUGGAGAGAAGUGACAUCGUUGUGUGACCCUCGUCCAAGCAUCGGACUCAAGAUGGUCGCCAUUGGCACCAAAAUCUACACCAUCUGGGUUCACAACUUUGACUGUUACGACAUCCUGACCGACCAAUGGACAGAGAUGUGCCUUGGUUACCAUAGCGAUGGUAUAGGAUUACUCUGUAGAGGGGCCACGGUAUUGGACAGCUGUAUCUACUGUGUGUUGCGGACGUCGUCUGCAGAGUCGUACCUGCACCAGUACAGCGAGGAGGUAGACUGUUGGAAGAAGAAGUCCAGUAGACCUUUACCUGUCACAACAGGGUGUCAGAUAGAGGAGGCCUUUGUGUUACAUAUGGGGCCGUCUCCAUGACAUCAUUUUUCCGUAGGCUUACAAUGACAGGUUUAAUAGCAAAAUUAACAACAUUGGCUUCUAAAUUCCAAUAGAUAUUAAAUGAAAUUUUACAUUUUUCUUG